GCUCAUUAAACCGAAAUAACUGAACGGGAAAUCCCGGUAUUAUCUAAAGAGUUGACGUCACGUUCCAAGGGACAGAACUGUCGCUGUUCACAUUUAUCUCGCUGGAACUUAUCAAGAUGGCCGUAUCAAUUGCUAUAAAGGAGCAAUUAGCUCAACUGUUGAAUAAUCUGGAAGAGAUGAAUAGUUUGCUGAAAAAUAAUUUAAGUGACUUUGAUCAGCAGGUAAAGCAAGCAACACUGGAAUGGUUUGACAAUCCCUCAGAUGCGAAAAUAGAUUUUAAAGAAGUGGUUGCUAUGGUAACAACAGUAAAUACUGCCCUACUUGAACUUAAACAAACGAUUUCUGUUUCCUGCACCAAGUAUCAAGCAAUGGCUGCUGGAGAUAAGACAACACAAGAGAAUAAAAGUGUUGACUCUGUACACGAUGGAAAUUAUUCUGAUCUUUCUAUAUCAGUUGCAGCUGAUUUAAGUAACAAACUAGAGCAAAGAGUAGAACGUCUUGAAACAACGCUUACUUCUAUGCAAAGUAGGAAUAAAAAAACUGAAGCUGACCUGACCGAAAUUAAGCAAUGGAGGGACACUUAUAAAACAGAAGAAAGUAAUAUGAAAGAACACAUAGAACAAUUGGCUUUAAAACAAAAACAUAAUGCUAAGCAGUUCCGUAAGCAAAUUAACGAACAGAAAAAUAUAACAGAUGAGAUGAAUGAAGAAAUGAAACAAUUGAAUGAAUUAAAACAAUGGAGGAAAACACUUAUAUCAGAACAUAACGCUAUGGCGAAAAAACUUGAAGAAUUGUCUCAGAAAGAAAUAGAUAAUAAAGAAAAGAUUAGAGAACAGAUAAAAGAAACCAAAACCAAAAUAAAUGAGUUUAAUAAAGAAAUUGAGACACUCAAAGAAAAGGAAUCAAACGCAAGACAAGCUCUAGAAAGCACGAAUACAGAGAUGAACAAGUUUGACAUCAUAUUAAACAAAAUAAAUGAAGAAUUAGAAAUUCAAACAACUAAAACAGAGAAAUUGCAACAAGAUAUUAAAAAGCAUGCUGAUUUUUUUUCCUACUUGAUGGAAGAAGGAAAAAAAAACAAAAAUACUGAAACAAAAGUAGAAAAGUUAAUUUCAAUGCAUAGCGUCACGUUCAAGAUCUUUAACCAAAGAUUGAUGCCCGUUGAAAAUUUAAUUCAAAUGUUUAAUCAAAACUUGGCAAAUAGACAGAUGAACAAACAAAAGCUUGCAACUUUGGAAAAUGAUGUUUUAAAAUUGUCAAGUGAUGUAGAUUCAAUUAGACAAGACAUCAAAAGCCACUCUGCUCUGAUUUUAAUUCUACAAGAUGAUGGGAAGAAAAAUCUGGCCAACACUACAAAAUUGAUGGGGACUUUAACUACGAAGGUUGCAACUCGCGAAAGUGAUGUUUUAAAGCUGUUGAAAGAUUUCAAGACAAUUGAAACCCGGGUAUGUCAGCCUUACAUCUGUCAAAUUCACCUGGACAACGACACACCAGUGACUACUGGAUUAAUUAUUUCAACAUUUUUUUACGUGGGGGAACCUAACGGCAGCCAUUUUAAUAAAACCACAGGAAAACUUGUAGCACCAGAUGAUGGUUCCUAUCUUGUGAUUGUGACGCUGCAGGAAUGGGAGGAUAAGCUGAUUAUAAUGAGUGUGUACAAGGAUGAGUCAUUUUAUAGCAACUUUUUUGUUAAAUCAGCCAACACAUCUGCCGCUGGGUCAGUUGUUGUUGACAUGAAGAAAGGCCAAGAACUUUAUUUUAAAGUGGGGCAAGCUGAUGAUGGAGCAAAGCUACAAGCUGGAAGUGGCUUCACUAUUAUUAGAUUGUAAAUAAUAAGUAGUUUAUUAUUUAUUUCACACCACAUCAUUUUCGAUUUUUAAAAUUAUCCAAUGUUCCUAUGUUGUAUGCAUGUGCAUAUCGUUUCAAUAGGUAGGUUCCACUGUUUCUGGCAGACAUAUUUUAGAGAAAUAUGUGAACACACUGAAUUAUAAUCUACACUUCAUUUUUGGAAAACAAAUGGUUUGAUUUUUUUUCGGUUGCAU